GGCCUGUCUCAUUUAACACACAGCAGUCUUUGGGCAGAUUCGCUUCUCUUUCAGAAAAGGCUGCUGCAGGCGACUUGCAGAUUGCACGCAGGACCACUCAGCUCCGAGUUGGCAGCAGCCUGGCCUCAGAAGACGCAAGGAGUGCUGGGAACUCCGGAGAGACCCGAGUGCCUGAAGGAUGGUACUGGUGGCCUUGCUUGGACUCAGCUGGUUCUGUUCACCCCUGGGAGCUCUGGUUCUGGAUUUCAACAACAUCAAGAGCUCCACUGAUGUGCAAGGUGCUGGGAAGGGCUCCCAGUGUGCAUCAGACAAGGACUGCAACGUAGGAAAAUUCUGCUUCGAGCUGCACGAUGACAAGUCAUUCUGUGCCACAUGCCGCCGAGUUCGAAGGAGGUGCCAGAGGAGUGCCAUGUGCUGCCCAGGAACGGUCUGUGUGAAUGAUGUCUGCACUGCUGUGGAAGCCACAAGGCCAGUAAUGGACAGAAACACUGAGGAGCAAGUUGGUACCUAUGCAGAAGGAACCAGCAAAUGGCCCACAGAGGAAAACAGACCUCAGGGGAAGCCCAGUGCUAAGAAAUCGCAAAGCAGUAAGGGCCAGGAGGGAGAAAGCUGUCUGAGAACUUCCGACUGUGGCCCGGGACUUUGCUGUGCUCGACAUUUUUGGACAAAAAUCUGCAAGCCAGUUCUCCUAGAGGGACAAGUCUGCUCCAGGAGAGGGUAUAAAGACACUGCCCAAGCCCCGGAAAUCUUCCAGCGCUGCGACUGUGGUCCUGGACUGUCGUGUCGAAGUCAGGCGACUGGUAACCGGCAACAGACGAGGCUGAGAGUGUGCCAAAGAGUAUGAGUUGUGAAAACAUGGGACUCCUCGUGCUCACGCGGCAAGACACUAAUUUUAUUAUUGUUAUUUUUUAUUUUGUUUUUUUUCAGACAGGGCUUCACUGUGUAGCCCUGGCUGAGCUGGAACUUGUUGUCAGCCUGGCUGGCCUUGAACUCAUAGAGAUCCGCCUGCCUCCACCUCCUGGAUACUUUUUGGGGUAGGGGGAGGAGUUUUGAGACAGGGUCUCAAAGUAAGCUAUAUAGCCCAGGCUGGCCUCAAACUCACGAUCCUCUUACGCUCCAGGAUUGGGAUUACAGACGAGCACCACCACACCCAGCAUAUAUAUAACACUAAAUCAUGCAACUGAAACACACAGCCACCAGAGCACUAGGGGGCGCUACACUGUGAACUACUUCUGGCUUUUCCCUCCUGUCUAGAAUACUGACAUGAUUCUAUAAUAAAACAAUUCUGAUACAGCCAAUCAAUCUAUUCAAAUAAAUCUUUUUUAAAAAUUGAAAU